UUUAUAUACAGGUAACAGUGAAUUCAAUGGCGGAAUAGAUACCGAUGAAGAAGAAAUGUUGUAAAUAACAAGAUAUUUUUGUGUUUAUAUUUUAAAAAGGUGUCCACAAUGAACAUCGUAGCCGUAUUUUGUGUGUUAGGAGUUUUAUCCACUUCUAUUAGUUAUGUGGAGUGUGAUCGAGCCACAAGAUGGUGUAAUGUGAAUGAAAUGGAGGAAGAGAAAUGUUUAAAGUUUAAAGAUAUUUUAACACAAUUAAAGGCAGACACAUCUAUAAGUGACGAUGAUAAAAAAGAUAUUCCAAACAUGUUUGAAUGUGUUCGAGGUGUUGAUGUGUUUGCUUGUAUGGAUAUGAUAGAAAAAGAUUUGGCAGAUUUAAUGACAUUGGAUGCAGGUCAAGGUUAUUUUGGUGGUCGAUAUCACAACAUGAUGCCUAUUGUUGCUGAGAAUUAUGAUAAUUACGCAACAGAUGUACCAAUAUAUUAUUCAGUAGCAGUCUUCAAAAAGACACGCCCAGUGUCCAUUUCCACAUUACGAAAUAGAAAAAUUUGUUUCUCAGGUAUUGGUACUAGUGCUGGAUGGUUAUAUCCCAUAUCUAUAUUGUUAGAUGAGAAUAUAAUCCCUGUAACAGAAUGUAACGCUGUCGUAAAAUCUGUUACUAGUUUCUUCGGUCAAUUAUGUCUACCUGGAGCUUUAUCGUCAUUCUACAAUCCAUUUGGUAAUAAUCCAACAUCUGUUUGUCAUCUGUGUAAUGGUGUGGGUGAAGAAAGAUGUACAACUAGUGAUCCUACAGGAGGCUAUGAUGGAGCUUUCCGAUGUGUCGCUGAAGGUCGUGGUGAUUUGACCUUUGUACGUCAUGAUACUGUGGCACAGAUGACAGCUACCGGAGUCGCAAAUUCACCUGAUGAUUAUGGAUUACUGUGUCCUAAUGGGCAGACAAAGGCUAUAGAUGAUUACGCAACUUGUAAUUGGGGAAGUAUAUCUUCUCAUGUUGUUAUGACGUCUGCAAUCAGAACUGGGCCUGUUUUGCAAGGUUAUAAAGAUUUUAUUUUGAAGGCUGCUGAAUGGUAUGGUCCUAAUGGUAUAUAUAGCGAUAAAUUCAAACUAUUCAGUUCAGAUAGUAUCAGGAGAAACUUGAUGUUCUCAGAUAGCACCAUGUCCCUUCAAGAUGUUGGUGAAAAGAAUUAUUAUGAUUGGGUUGGAAAGAAUUUUACCAACAUUUUAUCCAACUUGAACAGAUGUCCGCUAGCCAUGGCUAGAUGGUGUGUUAUUUCGCAACCUGAGAAACAAAAAUGUGAAUCCAUGAUGAUGGCCUUUAAAGCAAAGGAUUUGAGACCAGAGUUGGAUUGUUUACUAGGGGGUAAUACAACUAAUUGUAUGGAUAUGAUAAUGAAAGGGGAUGCUGAUCUGAUGAACCUUGAUGCUGGAGAUAUUUAUUUAGGUGGAAGGAAAUACGACCUAGUACCUAUAGCAGCUGAAGAUUAUGGUGAUAUGUCUAAAUCAUUUAAAGUUGUAGCAGUAGCCAGAAAAACUGAUUCCUAUCUUACUCUAUUUAAUAUGAAAGGUAAACGAGCAUGUCAUACUGGUAUAGGAAGAGGAGAUGGUUGGGUUAUACCUUUAAAUAUUUAUAUAGAAACAGAACAAUUCUUACCCACAGAUUGUUCUAUCUUCGAAAACUUAGGUCAGCUGUUUGUAAGAAGUUGUAUUCCGGGCGCAUUAGAUAAAGAAUAUAAUCCGAAUCAGACACCAAUCAACUUAUGUGAGGGAUGUGGUGCUCAAGGUUACAGUAAAUGUAUGAGAAACAGUGUAGAACAAUAUUACGGAGCCAGUGGUGCUUUUAGAUGUCUGGUUGAACGUGGAGGAGAUGUAGCUUUCGUAAGACAUCUAACUAUAAGAGAUAAUACAGACGGUAGAAAUCAUGCUCAGUGGUCUAGAAACAGACGGUCGGAUGAUUACGAGUUAAUGUGUAAAGAUGGACGACGUAUCAGUAUUGAUAGAUAUAAGGAAUGUCACUUGGGUUCGGUACCAGCUAACGCUAUCGUUACAGCAAGUCAUAAGAGUGAUCAACAGAGAGAAAUUUAUUGGAAUUUGAUCAACUUUGGACAACAAUUUUUUUCUUCAGAUAUUGAUGGUGAUUUUCAUUUGUUUGAUUCUGGUAUGGCUUAUACAGAUUUAUUAUUCACCGAUGCAGCUGUAAGAUUUAUGAAGAUAUACCCUGAUCAACAAAAUUACAUUUCUUGGUUGGGACCAGAAUUUGUGGCACAGAUUGAAAACUUACAGAAAUAUACUUGUGUUUCUGCCGAUAGUCCAAGAAUUAAGAUGUCUUUUGUAGUAACAGUAUUAACAAUAUCAUUAUUUAAAAUAUUGUUUUAAUAAAUUAAAGUAAAAUAUUUUCCUUGAGAACUAAUUACUGUAAAGCAAGAGUAAAUUUUAGCAUGGAAUUAAGUAAAAAUCAGUACAGCUAUAGUUGUAAUGUGUCUAAAAAUAACUUGACAAGUGUUUAUUGAAAUUAAUUAGAAUUUAGUAUUUCUCCAACAUGAAUAACAUGAAAAGAAAUUUUGACUUUACAGAUAUGUUAGUUUAAGUAAACUUGGAAGAAAGUACUGGUAGAGACAUCUAAGUUAUAAAAAUAUAAAACACUAUUUCAGCAAAUUAUUGUUAUACUGUUAAAUUUUCAAAUAAUACUUUGAUUGUAGCAUGUUAUACUUGGCCUGUGUCCGCAUUAAUAAACUUUUUUCUUGCCUUACAGUAAUUUCUUUUAAUGCUUAAGAAGGAAAUACUGGUAAAGAAAUCUAAAUAAGAAAAUAUAACACAUUAUGUCCUCAAAUUAUUCUCAUACUGUGUCAGUGUCAUACUUGGCAUUUUUGCUUUCAUUUAAAUACUGCUAAUACUUUCAAAAUGGUUUAGAGAAAAAAAAAAUAUCAAAAUUUGUCAUGGAUUCCAAUCAAGUUAUAAAGUGUGUGCUAUAGUGCUUGGACAUUUUCCAAUGUUUUAGCUCUAAUUUUUGUAUAUUUUAUAAAUGUCUGAUAAUAUGUUGUUAUAAAAUAACUAGACAUAUUCUUUGUAUAUAAACAUUGUAAAUAUAACAUUCCCAAAUAAAAAAAUUCAAAAUAUAAUAAAUAAUAAAGAAAAGAAUCAACAAUCAAUCAUUUUCAGUGACAUGGGCGGGGUUUUAUUAAGACUGGUGUUUGGUUUCUUACCUCAUUGUAAAAAGUAAAGCCAUCCUAUUUCUUGGCUGAACAGGACCCAAUAGUGCUCACUCUAGCUAGCCCCUGAUCUUUUUUAAUGAUUCCAAGCCUUUUAAGUAGUUGAAUUACUACUAUUUAUAUGCAUAACACAUUGUAGUUACAUGUCAUUCAGGAUAAUAAUUAUUUAUAAUAUUGGGUUAUUGGUUAUGAGGGGUUAGAUGUGGAUCUUUUCAAAAUUAAAAAAAUUUGAACAUUAUAAUGUAUUUUUUAAAUUAACUAGAUUCAUUGUGAUUACAUUCCAUUCAUGCACAUUAUUCAUGGUCUACUAUAUUUGGCAAUUAGUUAUCUAUUAACUUACUGUAUUGAAGAUAUAGUAUUUGUAACAAAGAAACCCAUAUCUUCAUAUAUAUCUAUAGUUAAUAUUGAGUUAUCAAAAUUCAGUACAUAGCCUUGUCUGCCUAAAUCCCACAGAGUUUGGCAAUACAAGCUCCAGAAUAUAUUCACAAUUUUGUACAAGUUUAUAUUCCUUUUUAUGCACCACAAUUAAAUUUAUUGAAUUCUUGCCACAGUGGUUAUUCUAGAAUUAAAAAAAAUAGGUUUAAAAUCACAUUUUUUAUCCUUCUAUGUAAAUAUGUAAAGCUCAAUAUGUAGAUAUUUAAUAAACAUUCCUCUUUUUUAAUCAUGAUUUCUUUUGAAAACAUAUUCAUAAAUAAUUAUUUUAAUUUCAUGUUACAUUUUACUUGUAGAGUAUUUUUUGUCAUAUUUUUGUAUUUACAUAGAUCAUACUACCCUUUCUAAUAAAAUCUUUAUAGUAAUUACAA